AUGCGGUCCAGUAAACGAUAUAUACUUACAUUAUCUUUGGCGUCGUUUCUAGCGUCUUUACUGAUAGGACUCCUGAUAUAUUUACUGAUAAAAAAUGAAGGACCAUUCAGUAUCACGUCCAAUCCAGUGAAUGGGGUGAAAAUCUGCAUAACGGCUGGCUGUGUACAUUGUUUACUGAACUUCAUAUUAUUUUAUGUGUACGCACCAAACAGCCUCGAGUCCGGCUUUCGGAUUGUAAACAUUGCAAAAUGUUGCUGCCUUCUAGUGCUUGCCUGUUUUACAUUUCAUGUCAUUGCCAUCUGUUUUGGAGCCCCACUUAUCAAGUCAGCCACAGAGACAUUGCAUUUUGCCAUACUGCUGACAGUGUUAGUCUGUCUUCCAUUUUGUCUCUUUUUUGGGCCAAGCAUUGAAAACUGGUUCGAAGUUUUUAUUGACAAAAGCUCACAUGUGGGGUUGGAAACUGUAGUCUACUUCACAAGUCUGAGUGCUCUGCUGGGAUCCUGGCUCGGUGCUAUACCAAUUCCUCUUGAUUGGGAUCAGCCAUGGCAGGAAUGGCCCAUUAGUUGUGUAGUGGGUGCAGUCGGAGGCUAUUCUGUUGGGCUUCUACUGUCUGCUGUCUACCUGCCUAGAAAAUACUCAACAUUACAUAAAUCAAAAUUCUUUUAA